UCACUUUGGAUACAAAUAGAAAGGGUUUGCACAACACAAUAUCUUCAAACGACAAAAGAAGACACAAUGCUGACGUUCGUGGCACUUUUUGUCGUAUUUUUAUCUGGAGUUUCAGCUCUAGGAUGUGAGAAACAUUGGGUGCAAUUUGAAAACUCUUGCUAUUUUUCAAAUCAACUCCCAGAAAGUGAGCGGAAAGCCUUCGAUCGAAUAAGAAGUAAUAGUGCUGGUAUGGUUGAAGAUGUCUGGUUUAAAUAUCCACAAGCCAAGGCGGCAUGCGAAAGGAAAGACGCACACCUUGUAGAAAUCGAAACCAAAGCGGAAAACGACUUUGUAAAGAAAUUGGCACAGAAGGUCCCAAAUCAUUGUGUUUGGUUAGGUGGUACGGACGCAGCUAAAGAAGGAACCUGGGUGUGGCCAUCAUCUGGUAAACCAUUCACUUUCACAGAUUGGUGGAAGAGUGUAGAUGGAAGAAGGGGCGAUGAACCAGAUGAUUAUGGAAGAGAUGGCCAAGACUGUCUCUCAUUGUCCAGUUAUGACAACUAUAACGCGUGGCAUGAUAGCGAUUGUAGCGACAAGCACAGAAGAGGAGACUUUAAGGGUAUCAUAUGUGAAAAACCGGCAGAAUAAAAGACAUAGACGAAAACAGACAAAUGAAUAGAAGAAUGUCACAAGACACAAUUAAAUGACUAGCUAUUAAAAAACAUUUAAAUCUACAAAAACUUAAUUCAUGUGCACUUGAAGUGUUUAAAGAAUGUGUUUUAAAUUUAUGGGCGGU